UUAGGUUAGUAUGCAGUCUAUGUUAAUAAUUUAGAAUUUGUUGAAUGGAUGUCACCAUAAUUCGUAAACUUUUUCAAAUUUUAAGAAUUAAAAUGUCUUCUUCAUCAAAUUCGUUGUUAGUACCAAUUGGUGUUCGUGGCAUGAAGCGUCUUGAUCGUGAAAAAUUCUUACGUAACAUUAAAGUACCAGUUUUAAAAGUGCCAGAUGAGAAACUAUCCAAAAUUAUAUCAAUAUGUAGGCCGUAUUUUUUAAAACUCCAAAAUUUUAAGCCUGUACAAAAUUUAUUAGUGAAACAAAGUGAAAAUUUAUAUAAGUGCUUAUAUUUUGAUCCGGAGAAAAUAACUAAGUGGCACAACAUUUCGGAGGACGACCGCAAAAAUCUGUAUAAAUAUGACAUAGAUGAGAAACAUUUUGAUUUACAAGAGAUUCAACUGACAUAUGACAAUUUCAAGCAUGAAACUAUUUUCAAAGCAGUAUUACCGGAUAAUGAGGAAAUUGUUACUGGUUUUUCUCAAAUUGGGCACAUAAUACACCUUAAUUUGCGUGACCAUCUUUUGGAAUACCGAUCUCUUGUUGGUGAAGUUCUAGUUGACAAGAUCAAAACUUGCCGGACAGUGGUAAAUAAAAGCAACAUAAUUGAUAAUACAUAUAGAAAUUUCAAUAUGGAAGUGAUUGCCGGAGAUGAAGAUUUUUUGGUUACUGUUAAAGAAAACAUGUGCAACUUUCAAUUUGAUUUCUCCAAAGUAUACUGGAAUCCACGCCUAUGCAAAGAACACGAAAGGAUAUUAAAAUUUCUAACACCAGGGGAUGUUUUAUUUGACAUUUUCUGUGGUGUAGGUCCAUUUGCUAUUCCAGCUGCUAAACAGAAAUGUAAUGUAUUUGCUAAUGAUUUAAAUCCGGAAUCAUAUAAAUGGCUUAAUCAUAAUGCAAAGCACAAUAAGAUCAACAUGAACCUUUUUAAAUCCUACAACAUGGACGGCAAAGACUUUAUUUGCACAACAUUCAAAGCAUUUAUAAUAGAUUAUUGCAAUGGAAAAGAAAAAUUGAAUACUGGAGCUAAAAUCCAUAUAACAAUGAACUUGCCAGCAUUAGCCGUUGAAUUUUUAAAAUACUUUAAAGGAUUAAUUAAGGACAAAGAGCUUAAAAAUAAAUAUGAUUGUGAUAUAUCCGUUUAUGUGUACUGCUUUGCAGUUGGAGAAGAUCCGUUCACAGUUGCUAAACAAAUGGUAAAUGAUAAUAUCGGUACAGACAUAUCAUCUAAUAUAAUUGAUGUUUUCGAUGUAAGAAAUGUGUCCCCUAAAAAACAAAUGAUGAGAGUUACAUUUAAGUUAACAAAAGAAAUAAUAUUUGAUGAUAAUUCAGAGAGCGAUGAACCUCCGUGUAAAAAACAAUGUACUAAUGACACAGAUAAAUAAGUUCUUUUUAUUUAGUUGUAUAAGUAUACAUUGUUAAUUUUGUCUAUAGACAAUUGUUGGUGGAAGAGUGAAGAUAAAUAGACAACUGUGACUUUACAUUCCCA